UUCGAUGGAUGACUACCAUAAAUGGUUGGCAGAUCUGCUUAUGCGAAAUACAUACAAAGCUACAAGAAGUAUCUCUCGGAGCAGGCUAUGUCAUGCAACAAUCGAUACAACGUAUUGUGGAUAUUGCAGAGCUCACUUUUUCUAUCUUAGAAUCUGAUCCCUCUUCUCGAUUUCAAUUAGUUCACAUUACCAAUGAAUUUUAUGUCGUUUUAUUAAGAUAUUCUGUAUUACCUAAUCCUUCAAUUGAUUUGCUGACAAGAUGUUUAAAUAUAAUAAGAAAUUUAGCAAAGAGCAACCCAGAAGAAACUUUGCAGAGAUGUUUAUCUAUUAAUUUCUUACCCUACAUGGUUGAAACAUCGCAAAACAUUCCUAAACUGGCAAGUGGUCUAUAUAUGAACAACAAUAUUUUGGGACAACUGAUUGUUGCUGUAGAAUGUGUUACGGGACAAUAUUCACUACUGUUGGCUUUCUUGAAAUUAUUUAAUGAAGUAGCAAAGGUAAGAAGGCAGUAGCUUUCUGUUAAUUUCAUGUUUUGCAAAAUCAAAAUUGUUACCAGACUGGAAAACAACAAAUUAAAGUUGUGUUCGCUCAAAUAUAAGAUGACCCCUUAUUUAAGAAUUUAAGAAAGAAUUUAUCUUGGAAGCAAUAUUGAUACAUACAAAUUGCAUGUCUGCAUAUUCGUGUUUGUCAAUUUUUAUUUACAACUGUACAAAAUAGAUAGCAUUCAGUUAAUUACACUAACCAAACAGUAAUUUUGUUUGGAG